GCUGGUAGGGUGCUUCAUUUGGGAUCCAGUGAUCCAAAGCCUCGCUCUCCUUCUUGGGCACAUUGACACGAUCUCUUCUCCUCGUCGCGUUUGAUUUGUGCUUUGUACCGAAGGAACUGCUCUCACAAAAUCGAAUCAAACAACAUCUUCUGGCUCACAUCGACUAACUUAACCAACAUGUAUCUCAAGUCUGUUUUUCUAACCGUUGCCCUGGCCAGCAGCUUUGCUGCAGCCCAUCCUCACCCACCGCAUCCUCACCCAAACUGCACCGUCGGAAUUGACACUGAGGCGUGCACGUUGCCCGAUGGUGGCGCCGGAAUGUUCGUCUGUCGCCCGCGCCCGCCUCAUGAUGGAAAACACCAUGGUGGAGGCGGAAUCGGAGGAGCAUUCCUUCGCGUUGUGGAUCGAUUCACCGGUCAUCACCCACCACCACAUUCACAUUCGGAGGACGAAGCACACUUGGGCCCACCCCAUCACGGACAUGGCCACGGAGACCAUCAUCACGGGGGAGACAAGGAGGAGCAUCAUCAUUGGGGCGAAAAGGAGCAUCACCAUCACGGACCUCAUCGCCAACUUCGUUCCGGAAGCAGUAGUAGUAGCAGCAGUAGUCGCAGUGGGCCUCCCGGACCGCACCAUGGAGGUCGACAUGGACACGGACCGCAUGGCAGCAGUCGCAGUGGGCCGCAUCAUGGUGGUCGACAUGGACACGGACCACAUGGCCAUGUCCCACCAGACUUUUUGUCCCCCAGUCAUUGCGUUCCUGUGGACGGUCCUCCCAAGGAUUUCCCCCCACCUCCCCACCACGACCACCAUCACCCUCCUGCCCCAACCUGUGGCUGCUGCGGUGAUGUCUGCCCCGUCAAGUUGGAUUGUGGCUGCGGUGGUUGCAAGGUCCAGCACGGAAGGUUUGCCGGCACGGAAGGCGUUUGGGUGACUGUGACAUCAUUGCGAGAUGAGACUACCAAGGUCCGCAAGUGCGUUCCUGCUGGAGCCUAUGUCGAUGCCGAUUCCAACCGAGUUCAGUGCGUUACCGAGUGCUCUGAAGACAUGGUAGAAGACGAGGGUCCUGUGGAUCUCUUUAUGGAAGAUCGCUUUGGAGGCGACGAAGAUCUCGAAGAGAGGGAGAGCCGUGAUUAGAGACCACGUCGACGAACAAGAGAGCCAGCCAUGUAUGCAUAAGAACCGUAGAGUAGAAGGGCAGCCUGUGAGCAAGCCAGUGGAAGGACGACCCCUAGUAGCAGAUAGUUUUGACUCACAUGAACUAAAAAAGAAUUCAUGUUUUC